AUGCCAAUGUUUAGGAAGACAAAACCACAAGGUUACCAAGAACCCAACAAAUACACAGACCCAAAUGAAGAAAUCAACAACAAUGAGCACCACCAAACCCCAAAGGUUUCAGUCUAUGAACAAACAAGAGAAGAAAGAAUCAGAGAAAACCUUGAAAGAAUGCAAAAACUUGGUCUCACGGACCUUUCUCUCAAGCUCAAGGCUUGCACUACCCGUCCUAAAAGAACCCCAAGGACAAACCCUUCCUCAACAAAACACCCCACUCCCUUACUGCCACCUGGGCCUCUUCGCCGUUCCUCUAGGUUGCAAAAUUCAACUCCAGUUAGCUACUCAGAAGCGGCAUUGACAAAGAACAAUGGAUUAUUAGAGGAUGAAAGCAUAAGGCAAGAGGUGGGAUCAAAGCCAGAGGUAUACUCUGAAGAGCAUGAGAAGCUGUUAGGCAACACCAAGAGGAGCUGGACACUUUUUGUGGAUGGGUGUGGGAAAGAUGGAAAGCGAAUUUAUGAUCAGAUUAACGGAAAGACUUGCCAUCAAUGCAGGGAUUGCUGCCUAAUUGACGAAAGAAAUGAUAGUAUAUUUAGUGAUCAAUCUUAUAGUUGGGGCGGUGGUGCUGGUGAUACUAGUAAUUACAAGGCUGGCAGUUGCCAAAAUGCCAGGAAAUGGAAUACCUGGCAGAAAACUCUUGGUUAUCGUACUCACUGCAGCGAAUGCAAGAUGGUCCAGGGACAGUUCUGUGGAGAUUGUUUGUACAUGAGAUAUGGGGAGCAUGUACUUGAGGCCUUAGAAAGUCCGAAUUGGAUAUGCCCUGUCUGUCGUGGAAUUUGCAAUUGCAGUUUCUGCCGACAAGCAAAAGGGUGGCAUCCCACUGGCACUCUUUAUAGGAAGAUAUCAAGUUUGGGCUACAAGUCAGUUGCACACUAUCUCAUCCAAACCAGGCGCUCACAAAACACUGCCAAUGAAGCUUCUGUGAAAAGGUCACUGCCCUUUUCUGACAUGGAAGCAAUGCCCGAGGAAUCUCCACAGUUGAUUGAUAAAACAGCUGAGCAAUUAGAGCAUCAAACUGGAGACAAAAUACUUGAUGAGUUCCAGAGCAAUGAAUGGAAUAAAACAUCAAGCAGCAGGAAUCUGGCUAAUGACGGUCAGACAAAAAGGUCAUUGACUUUUUCAGGCAGUGAAGUGAAGCCUGAGAAUGCGGAAUCUGCAAAGGUCAACCAUGAGUUUCAUGACAACCUUGGUUUAUCAAAGCCUCAAUGUGAAGAAAUCAAUGAUGAUUUCGAAAAAGAGAAGCACAUGCAAAGCAAUGGAAAUCGUGUUGCAUCCUGUCCAACAGACAGGCCAUUGACAUUAACUGGAAGUGAAGCAAGGUCCAAGAAUGUAGAAUCUGCUGGGACUCAUGAGAUUCUUGGCGAUCUUGAAUUAUCAAUUCCAAAAUUUGAAGACAAGUGUGAAAAUGAGUUUAAAAGUGGGGAAGAGAAGAAGGAAUUGCACUCUACUGUUAAAGAGAAUGUUGAAGGCAAUAUUCCAUCAGAAAGUUGCCUGAAACGUAAAAGGAAACAAGCAUCUGCUGUCAAUCCAAGUCCAGAUAGUAUUGCUGCAAGAUUAAGUCAGAGACAUUGGAAGAGUAAUGGCCAAGAUGAUGCAGAAUUCAUGGGGCUGAAUGAACCAGCUGUAAAAUCGACAUUGUCAAACCAAAACGUGGUGGAAGAAAAUGAAAUGCAUGUUGAGGAUGAUAAACAUGUUGAUGCCACUGUUGUAUGGGAGAGCAGUGCAAAGCUCAGGAGGCGUGCUCAUGCUGCUGAACCAAGCCCAGAUAGUAUUGGUGCAAGAUUAAGACAGAGGCGUAGAAUGGGCAGAGGCCAUGAAAAUGAGAAUUUGCUGGGGCUAAAUGAGACAAGUUCGGAUAUUCAGGAGGCUCUUCUUGAGAAGUAG